UCUGGUUGGCGGUGUUUCUCUGCACCAAACGGAUAGAUAGAGAAAGGGGUUUUUUAAGCAUUUUGAUAACGGUGGAUGGAUUGACUUCUCAUCGGGAAAAAUGUCGAAGCUGUACGUACACGCAGCGCCCCCGACGGAUCUCAAUAAGAACACCGAGUGGUUUAUGUACCCUGGUGUCUGGACUACCUACAUCUUGAUCCUCUUCUUCUCAUGGCUCUUGGUGCUUUCCCUCUUUGGCUGCACCCCUGGCAUGGCUUGGACCAUCGUCAAUCUUUGCCAUUUCGCCGUCACAUAUCACUUUUUCCAUUGGAAGAAGGGAACCCCAUUUGCUGAAGACCAAGGUAUCUAUAAUAGAUUGACAUGGUGGGAGCAGAUAGACAAUGGAAAGCAGCUCACUCGUAAUAGAAAAUUUCUGACUGUUGUACCCGUGGUGCUGUACUUGAUAGCCUCACAUACAACAGACUACCAACACCCAAUGCUUGCUCUCAACACUCUUGCGGUGUUCAUUCUGGUGGUUGCCAAGUUCCCCAACAUGCACAAAGUCCGAAUCUUUGGAAUCAAUGCAGACCACUGAUUUUGCCCAUGUACGAAUAGUGAUUUUACUUCUGUAAACGCCACUUGAUCCUUUUACUUGAGAUGAUGUGCCGAAAUUAGAACUGGAAAGGGUACUUGCUGUAGUUUCUUUGAUAAGUGAGAGUUUGACAAAGUUAUUCCUUCUGUUAGAUAUAAAAAUAAGUUAUAUUGGCUAUCUCCUAUUGUACAGUUAAAAGAAUUCUGUUUGGAGACUUUUUGUUGCUGUUAAUUAUAUCAUGUUUACUCAAGAUUAGAAAAAGUGCUGGUUCCCAUGUA